AUGGUGGUGUCCUUGCAUCACUACCUCUAUCUCUGUCUCACCUUUCUGCUGCGCUCCUCCUCCUACUCUUCCUCCUGCCGUCUGAGAGAGCACUUCAACCUGAGUGGGAUGCACCUGGAGGGAGAUGUGGUUCUGGGCGGGCUGUUUGAGGUCCACUUCUACAGCACUUAUCCAGACCUGUCCUUCACCACCAAGCCACAGCAGCUUGUCUGUGAGGGGUUUGACGUGGCAGGUUUCCGACAGGCCCAGACCAUGGCCUUCACCAUUGAGGAGAUCAACAAGAACCCACACCUGCUGCCUAACGUAACCCUGGGAUACCAUCUCUACGACAACUGCCUCCAGCUGGGGGUGGCGUUCCGUGCCGCCCUAUCACUGGCCAGCGGGACGGAGGACGAGUUUCUACUGGACAAGGACUGCAGAGGGUCGCCCCCGGUGAUGGGGGUUGUGGGGGAUCCGGGCUCGACUCACUCCAUCGCCGUCUCCAGCGUCCUGGGGCUGUUUAGGGUGCCCAUGGUGAGUUACUACGCCACCUGUUCCUGCCUGAGUGAUCGGCAGGCGUACCCCUCCUUCUUCAGGACCAUCCCCAGUGACGCCUUCCAGGUGCGAGCCAUGCUACAGAUCCUGAGACGGUUUGGAUGGACCUGGGUCGGCCUUCUAGUCAGCGACGACGACUACGGUCGCCAUGCCGCCCACUCCUUCCUCCAGGGCCUGGCUCACGACAGCGCCGGCUGCCCGGCCUAUCAUGAGGUGCUGCCGGGCCACAGCGCCCCGGACGAGUACCGCAGGAUCGUGUCUGUGGUCAGGGCCUCCACCGCCAGAGUGGUGGUGGUGUUCUCCAACCAGGGAUACAUGCUCCCCCUUCUGGACGAGGUUUGGCAAUUUUGGGAGGAGGUCUUUGGCUGCAGGUUUGAGCAUGCUGGGCUGGGCGUUCCUGUGUGCUCUGGACAGGAGGCCCUGGCCCCUCAGGCCCAGCUAUAUCUGGAUGUUUCUGACCUGAGGGCAGAGUACAACAUCUACAAGGCUGUGUACACCCUGGCCCACGCCCUCCACAGCCUGCUGCGGUGUGUCCCAGGGCAGGGGCCCUUCCCAGGGCGCAGCUGUGCCCGCAUGGACAGCAUGGAGCCCUGGCAGUUGGUGUACUAUCUGGAGAGGGUCAACUUCACCACCGGGUUUGGGGACAGAGUGUUGUUCGACGAGAAUGGAGAUGCCCUGCCCAUCUAUGACAUCAUGAACUGGGCGUGGCUCCCGGACGGAAGUGUGAAGGUUCAGAAUGUGGGUGCGGUCGAUGAGUCACUUCCUGUUGGGGAACAGCUAAUACUCCAUGAAGACAAAAUCUUCUGGAAUUUCAAAGACAAAAAGCCCCCCAAGUCAGUGUGCAGUGAGAGCUGCCCUCCUGGCACCCGAUUGGCCAACAGGAAGGGGCAGCCAGUCUGCUGCUUCGACUGCAUCCCCUGUUCUGACGGGGAGGUCAGCAACCACACCGACUCCACUGAGUGUUCUGCGUGUCCUGAGGACUACUGGUCCGACCCACAGAGAACCCAGUGCAUCCCCAAGACAGAGGAGUUCCUGUCUUACUCUGAACCCUUGGGCAUGUCCCUGGCCGCCAUCUCCCUGCUGGGCGCCGUCCUCACCGCUGUGGUCAUGGCAAUCUUCGUCCGCCACCGGAACACGCCUGUGGUGCGCGCCAACAACUCUGAACUCAGCUUCCUCGUCCUGCUGUCACUCAAACUCUGCUUCCUGUGCUCGCUGCUGUUCAUUGGCCAGCCCAAGCUGUGGGCGUGCCAGCUGAGGCAUGCGGCGUUCGGGAUCAGCUUCGUGCUGUGUGUCUCCUGCAUCCUGGUGAAGACCGUGGUGGUUCUGGGGGUCUUCAGGGCCUCCAAGCCAGGCGGAGAAACCAUCAUGAAGUGGUUCGGGGCCCGGCACCAGAGAGGGACCGUGCUGGCUCUUACGUCCGUACAGACCGCCAUCUGCACGGGCUGGCUGCUGCUGGCGUCUCCCACGCCGCAUAAGAACACCCGCUACCAGAGCGAUACGAUAGUGUAUGAGUGUGUGGUGGGGUCUGUUGCUGGGUUUGCUGCAUUGCUGGGAUACAUCGCCCUGCUGGCUGUCCUCAGCUUCCUCCUGGCCUUCCUGGCCCGGAACCUUCCAGACAACUUCAACGAGGCCAAGCUCAUCACCUUCAGCAUGCUGAUCUUCUGCGCUGUGUGGGUGGCGUUCGUCCCCGCCUACAUCAGCUCCCCGGGGAAGUACGCUGACGUGGUGGAGAUCUUCGCCAUCCUGGCCUCCAGUUACGGCCUGCUGUUGGCGCUGUUUGGGCCCAAGUGUUACAUCAUCCUGCUGAGGCCUGAGAGGAACACCAAGAAGGCCAUCAUGGGUCGGGCGGCACCCAAGACAUGAGGCUCUUCGGACACUGCACCCCUCCCUGCUUCUACCUCACCAUUUUCUUCUGACUAGAUGAAAUACCUUCUUCCACCCGUCAUCCCUACAUCCAUUUAAAAGAGUCUGCUAAAUGCAUAAAAUAAAAUUGUGUGGCAUGAAGGUAAUUAAUGAGAGACCCCUUGUAGAGAUCACACCCUGCUCCUACUGGCUGGAGGCAGCAGGAGCAGGGUGUGUCUCCCUACUUAGUUGAUAUCACUGCUGCGGCAUAACUGAAUAGAUAACAUUUUGUGUGAAAUGGCACAUGCCUGGACAACCAUGCUGCAUGUGGAGUCACCUUGAGGACACGAGGGAAUG